AUAAAACUGGCUUUUUACGCUAACUUAGCUAAAUUAUAAUACUUAAAUGUCAUUUUAAGUUUACUAGCAGUAUUGUUGUAAACCACUUUAUUUUAAUACGAAAUAAAUGUGGCUAGCUGUGAGGCUAAGAUUGGUUUCUGAUAUUUUCAAUUCCACCUUAAAUGUAAUUUGGCUAACUGACUAGCUAGCUUAGGUUUUCUGUCAGGCGCCCCUUUUUAAAGUAUAUUAAAUUAUAGUAACAUAAAACUGGCUUUUUAUGCCAACCAGCACUAUUGUGGUGUUCACGAUCAGAGACAGCACUAAAGUGUGAAGGGGGAGUGUAUAAACAGUACUGCUGACUUCACACAAGCUGCUCACACUAGAAGGAGUCUCACACUCCGAAACACACUUUUACAUACACACACUUUUGUACAGCACACACCCUGAACUGGAUUCUUUCUACCUCGGACUACAGCUGAGAAACUCCACACACAUCUGAGCGAAAGAGAGUGUGUGUGUGUGGAGUGUCCGGAGUGUUGUCACUGUUCUUACAGAGAGGAGGUGUGCGUGUGGGAUGGUGAUGAUGAUGUGAGGAUGGUGAUGGUGGUGAUGGUGAUGAAGAUGCUGCUGUGUUGACCCCGUAGCCCUGCUGCUGCAGCUGCUAUACUGUAGCUGGUGGAUCGUGCUGAUGAUGGCCCUGAGGGGGCUGUGGAUUACUCUGAGCCUCACAACGCUCUCAUACCUUACACACCUCACACACCUGAGCGCCGCGAGUCCGCACACCUGUGCCGGAGUGAGAAAAGAGUACACCCUGCGCCACAUGGGGGAGGGACGGGAAGUGCCGGACACACCUCAGACAGGGUUGGACCUGCAGGUGUGUGUGACGCAGAACCUGACCUGCUGCACCAGGAAGAUGGAGGAGCGGUACCAGUUCACGGUGAGGCGGGACAUCCAGAACCUCCUGCAGACGUCCAGCUCCGCCCUCAAGCUCCUCAUCACUCAGAGCGUCGCGGGGUUACAGGAGGCGAUGGAGGCGCUGGUACGUCAGGCUCAGGACCAGACGGUGGCGCUGUUGCUCUCUACAUACCGGGACCUGUCGGAGGACGCAGCGCCCACUGUGGACGAACUCUUCACAGAUGUGGGUCUGUUUGUGCUGGGGGCGGAGCUUAGUCUGGAGGAGGCGGUGCAGCGUUUUUUCCUGGCGCUGUUCCCGCCAGUGUUCGAGCGGCUGGUGGAGCCGGGGCUGGAGCGGCUGGAUGGCGGGUACGGCGAGUGCGUGCGCUCGGCGGGUCACGGCCUGGCGCCGUACGGUAACGCUCCGGCCCGACUCACCAAACAGCUUAGUGGCGCUGCUCUGCCCCAUCGCGUCCUGCUGCAGGCGCUACACCUGGGGGUGGAGGUCAUCAACACCACGGACCACCUGCAGCUCAGCCGCGAGUGCCGGCGGGCGCUGCUGCGCAUGAGCUACUGCCCGCACUGCCAGGCGCUCACCGCCAGCCGGCCCUGCAUGGGCUACUGCCUCAACGUGCUGCGCGGCUGCCUCGCCAGCCUGGCAGAGGUGGACCCCCAUUGGAGGGAGUUUGUUCGCUCGCUGGAGGCGCUGUCGGUCCGGAUGGACAGUGGGAUGGACCUGGAGAGAACACUGGCGGCCAUGCCCACCAUCGUCCGGGACGCCAUCGCCCAUGCCCACAAGAGCGCCCCCUAUCUCUCCAGCCAGGUUCGGGGUGUAUGCGGUCACCCCAGCAGGCUGCAGUCUGGCGGGGUUCAGCGGGGCGUCAGAGACUCGCUGCCUCUCAGAGUUCCUGCUAAACUCAGUGAGGAGACGCUCAGCAUAAGGAGACAGGAGUUUCUCACCAGUCUGAGGGUUUACCGUGCAUUCUAUGGUGGUUUAGCUAAUCAGCUGUGUGUGAGUGAGCUGGCAGCACAAGACGGGGUGGUGUGCUGGAAUGGAGCCGACAUCGUUAAAAGUUAUACUCAGCAGGUGGUGGGCAGUGGGAUUAAGGCCCAGGCGGAUAAUCCGGAGGUCCGGGUGAAGGAGGCGGAUCCGGUGGUCAAUAAAGUGAUCGAUAAACUGAAGCACAUCAAUCAGCUCCUGCAGGGUCGGUCGAUACCGAAGUUGGGGACGUUGGAUCAGAUAGAGACGGGUAGCGGCGACGCCGAGGGUCUGUACAGCGGCGACUGUGACGAUGAGGACGGGUGCUGGGGGUCCGGAUCCGGUCCAGGGGGGAAGAGUCCGGCCGUCAGAACCACCAACUUGAUUCCAGAGAAGAACACUAACCAUCGGAACCAUCAACCACGUCACAACGACUUCGGACAGACGGGUUCCUCAAGUUCUUCAGGUUCUUCAAGUUCCUCAAGCUUUAGGACCACUAAGAACGUCCUGCUGAUCCUGAUUCCUGUAUUCACACUGUCUCUCCUGCUGCUGUAACACCUGCCCCCAGGGGGCGCCGAAAACACUUUUCACCCAGUAGGUGAAAAAAAAAAAACUAUAAAAUUGAGCGAGAGAUUCUGGACCAGCGGAGAGAAGAGCGCUUUCAUCUCCAGGACAAGAUCAUCAUAAUCCAGUCGGAUACGAGUCGGACGUUAUCAAUGAUCGCAACGAACAAUUAAUGACGCUAAAUCUGUCUGCACUGUACGAAUCAUCCAAUCCCGGCUCAGUUCUGAACUCAACGUUUCUCUUUUUUCCGACUCUGCACAAUUAAUCCUCUUCACUCUGGGCUAAGUUAACACUGACGCUGUACGAUAUAUUUAUAACGUAGUUCUUACGCAUAAUGCACUUCAACUUCGUAAAAACGAAAGCGUAUAAAUGCAUAAAUGCAGUAUAUUUAGUUCAUGAUCUGCUUCUGGAACUUUUUCUGGUACUAUGUACCCCGAGACUUAUUUGAUGUUUCUGUUUUAACGAGCUGUAAUUUUAAGAUUUUUAUCGUAAUUCUAUAACGAACUCUACGCAGUCUUUAUUGAUAUGCUGUAUAUUUAUUCUGGGUUUAUAUUCAGAGACAUUAAACUGAUGAUGUUGAUCUUU